AUGGCCAGCCCUGAGCAGGACGGAACCUUAUUGCCGGUCAUGGCCCGGAACACCAGUACCGGCACGCAGUCUGUAUUCUCGGCAACCGGCAGUCAAAAUCACGCCGCCAGCGGCGCCAAUGUGAACUAUAUCAGCAAGUAUAUCGUGGCGGUGCCAAAGGAGCAGACGACGGAGGGACUAAUCGAAUGGCUGGGUCGCGAGGCGGCUCCCCUUAACCCCCUUGACUACCAUCGCCUGCUUCUGAGUCAGAGGACUCCUACAACGGGCCUCUGGGCGCUUCAGAGCAGACAAAUCCUAGAGUGGAAGCAAGAGUCUUGUAAAUCUCCACUCCUGUGGCUGCAUGGCAUCAUGGGUUCCGGGAAAAGCGUACUUGCUUCAAUUAUAAUUGAACAUUUGGAGAAGGAGAUCGCUCACCAAGACCGGAUGGCCUGUAUCUACCUUCACUUCCAGCAGCCAGACCAGCAGAUUGCUCCCAGUAAGAUAAUCGCGUCCUUGCUCAGGCAAUUAGUAAAACAAAAGAGAAUGUACCCUGUGGUCGAAGCCAUCCUGGUGACACACGGAGAAUACGAAAAGAACAAGGUGCCACCAUCGGCUGAACAGUACCUUGAGUUGCUUCUCGCUGAGAUGAAUGCCUUUCGACAGGUGUACCUUGUGCUAGACGCCCUGGAAAAUUGCAAUCAAUCAGCAUUUGUUCUGGAGAUAAUCAAAAAACUCCCACACAUCGAGGUCGGAGCUGGAGACAUGUUCCUCCUCGCCAAGCUGCACCUGGACGCACUGAGCAAGCAACGAUCUCUCGCAGGCUUCAAGUCCGUGCUCUGUGAGCUCCCCAAAGAUGCCGCCGUGAUAGCCUUCAAAGCUGCCAUCGAGCGGAUAGACGAGCAAGAAGAGGCCGACAGAGCCUUGGCCGGGCAUGUCUUCACCUGGCUGUUGCAUGCGGAACGCGACGAUCUCACUGUGAGAGAGCUGCAACAUAGCUUUGCCAUUCGCCAGUACCUACUCGCUCCAGAGCAGAACCGCGACGUUUGGAGCCACUACAUACCGCCCGAGAGGCUCGUGUCUAUGGUCUGCGGAGGGCUGGUGGUCAUAGAUCAGGACACCAAAGUGUGCCAGUUUGUUCACGAUACGGUCCCAAAAUACCUUCACAACCAUCCUCUACUGCCGAAGGAACCACACCUUGAGAUUGCAUCACAGUGUCUACAAUACCUGGCCAUGGACGACUUCUCUUUACCCCUGACACGAGAGAACGAACCGGAACGCUUGCGCAUCUUCCCACUCCGCAAAUAUGCAACACAGCAUUGGGAUAGUCACUUCUACCGCAUCGCCGGAGAGAUUCCCGCCUCGAUCAGACAAGCAGCCCUCGACUUUCUUGCCGGCCCCGAGAGAAGCAAUGAGUCAUUCUACUAUGGGUUAUCCGAUCACUUUCCUCAGAGAGUCAGUGGGCUGCAUUUGGCUGUGAUUUAUGGGUUGGAAUCCUUAGCUCAGGAGGGCCUUGCCCACGGCGUUUUUGACAUUGGCGCAACGACUUCAGGCGGGAAGACUGUACUUCACUGGGCUGCCCGGAUGGGAGACAAUGGCAUGAUCACGAUGCUGCUGGAUAAUGGGGCGGAUCCAAUGGCGGGAGACUCCCGCGGCGACACUCCAUUGCAUGACGCACUCUUUUGGAAUGCGUCAGAGAGCACGAUUUAUCAAUUACUGAUCACAGACGCGAAUGUGAUCAGCAAGCCAAACAAUCAUGGGCAGACUCCUUUUAUUUGGGCCUUGAAGCGAGGAGAGCCGGUGGUGACGAGACUAUUGGCAAGAUAUCACCCGCCCGUGGUCCCGAGAGGAGCAUCGGAUAUUGAAUCGGCCCUUUGUCAAGUAAUGAGGCAUUGUGCCGCCAAGGAAGAGCUGGCUACAAUCAUGGAACUGCUCCUGCACGGAGGUGCGGACCCCAACGCGUUCUCGGAAGGCUACAGGCUCCCUCUUCUGCAGGCCGCGAAGGGCAGGCUCGAAGACGCGUGCCGGGUGCUCCUCAAACACGGGGCGGAUGUGAACAUGGCAGACUGGGAUGGCAAAACUGCCCUGAUGUCGGCGACUAGUCCCGAGAUUGUCCGGAUUCUCGUCAAGAACGGGGCGAGGGUCAACGAUAGGCCUCAAAACGGACUCACCCCUUUGCUUAUGGCGACGAGAGAGCGACGGCGGACCAUCGCUUGGUACCUCAUCGAGGCCGGAGCAAACAUCGACGACCAGGAUCCCGAGGGUCGGACACCCAUACACCAUGCCAUUCAGCUCGGAGACACGCGUCUCGCCUGGCUGCUUGUGACAGAAGGUUGCAACCCAAGUCUUCGGGACUCGGAGGGCAUGAGCCCGUUGGACUGGGCGGUGAGCAAGAAAGAUUUCUCUAUCGUAUGGCUCUUCUGCGAGGCCCUGGGAACGCUCCCGCCCGACAUUGCCUCGAGCGCACUGCACCAGGUUUCGAAACAUAGCCGCAACGGUAGCCACAUAGAGAUAUUACGGCUGCUGAUGGGCAGGGGGGCAAGAGAAGUCAUCGACCAGCAGGACGAGUUCGGCAACACGGCACUCAUAAACGCGGCGGGCCGGAUGGAGCUGCGCAUCAUGGAGGCUCUGGUCGAGUACGGUGCCUCGUGCGACAUCCAGGACCAUCUUGGAGGGACGGCCUUGCACCUCGCCGUCGGGGCUACGAAUGCAGAUCAGAUCGAAUGCAUGAUAUUCCUCAUACAGUCUGGAGCGGACGUCAACGCGCAGAACAGUUUUCUGAGGACCCCCCUGAUGCAGGCCGCCGAGAUGGGCCAAGAGCUCAAGAGAUCGGGCCCGGCAGGCUACAUAUUCAACACGGUCGUGCCGGCAGAGGACGAUAACUCGCGUAUGGAACGCUACGAGGACGUCACAACUCCGGACGAGACGGUCGAGAAGCUGAUGAAAGGGAUGCUCAAGUGUCUCCAGGAAUUGGCCAAGUCGCUGUUGCAGCUCAUUACUCCGUCCGAGGCGGAUGAACUGCAGGCGAUGAUCAAGGAGGUGGCCAAGCUCCCGCCGUCUCUUGCUGAGGAGAAGGUGUCGGGGUACGUCUUUACAAACUCUAGCUCUGGCUUCCAGGCGAAUCAUGUGGGGAAGGGGAACCAGAAUAUCAACAACGGGAUGGCGCCACAGUUGAACGGGGAGUUCCGUGGACCCGUGAACCUCGGACCUGCAUCAGCGCCAUCCCCACUACCUGCUCCCAGAUAA